AGGUGACAAUGAAAAUAUUGGUCCACCGCACAAUGGUAACUUUAUGAUGUGUCUUGAAUUGAUCGCUGAGUUUGAUCCUUUUUUGGCCAAUCAUUUAUCAAAUUAUGGUAAUCCUGGGAAAGGUCACACUUCUUACUUAUCUCAUUCAACUUAUGAACAAUUUAUUAAAUUGAUGGCAUCUAAAGUUCAAAAUAAAAUAGUCGAAGAAGUCAUAAGUGCACAAUAUUUCUUUAUAAUUAUUGAUUCAACUCCAGAUAUUGCACACGUUGAUCAACUUUCUUUUAUAUUAAAAGGUCAGUCAUAUGACAACGCGAAAAAUAUGUCUGGUCUUUACUCAGGCCUCCAGGCUAGAAUUAAAGAAAUUUCCCCGUUAGCUGACUUUGUUCCUUGUUCAGCACACUCUUUGAAUUUAGUAGGAUCAUGUGCAGCAAGUACCCAUAAUGAAGCUCGUGGUUUGCUUAAAUUGAUGAACCGUUUUGAAGUUACCUUUAUGUCAUUAUUUUGGGGUGAUUUACUUCAACGAUUUAAUGUAGCUAGUAAAUAUCUACAAUCUGUUAAUAUUGAUGUAUGUACUGUUUGUGAUCAAUAUGAAUCAUUGAUAAGAUAUGUCAUAAAUCUACGUUCAGAUGAUAUGUUUACACAUUAUGAAAAACUAGCCUUGAGAAUGUGUAAAAAUAAAUAUGAAACAAUUUAUAAACGUAUAAAAAGAAGGUCAAAAUAUCAUGAUGAAACAACUAAUGAUAAUAAAAUUAAUUUAGCCGGUAGCUUAGAAUUAAAAGUAAAUACAUAUUUUGUGAUAUGUGAUUCUUCAAUAGAAGAAUUAACAAGUAGAAAGUUAGCUUAUGAUAAUGUGAUCUCAAAGUAUAGUUUUUUUUUAAAACAUACCAAGAUAAAAUCAUCAGAAGUUCGUGUUUCAGCGGAACAUUUGUGUUCAAUAUAUAAAAAAGAUUUAGAUGUAGUAUUUAUUAAUGAAUGUGUUCAUUUCCAAAGUUACAUUCAAAGUAAAAAAAAUCCUCCAACAACUAUAAUUGCUAUGAGUUCUAUGUUAAAAACAGAAGAAUUAGAAGACAUUUACCCUUAUGUGAGUAUUGCUUUACACAUGUUUUUAUGUACUCCGUGUUCAAAUUGUACUUCUGAACGGUCAUUUUCAACUCUACGUCGUAUUAAAUCUUAUGAAAACCAGGGUAAAGGUGAAAACAACAAGUAG